AUGCAUGAUCCAAGACAACCUCAUUUACAAGCUCUGAGACGCAUCAUCCGAUAUAUAAAAGGUACUCUGACUCAUGGACUUCAGCUGGUAAAGGGACACGUAGAUUGUCUCACUGCAUAUUCUGAUGCUGAUUGGGGUGGCUGUCCGGAUACAAGAAGAUCUACCUCAGGCUACUGUGUCUUUCUCGGGCCAAAUCUUGUGUCGUGGUCAGCCAAGCGACAACCAACGAUAUCACGCUCGAGCUCAGAAGCAGAAUACAAAGGUGUAGCAAACACUGUAGCUGAACUAUGUUGGAUACGAAAUCUGCUGUUGGAACUUCACUGCACCAUCAACAAGGCUUCGAUUGUUUACUGUGACAACAUCAGUUCAGUUUACCUUGCUUCAAACCCAGUAAAGCACCAACGAACGAAACAUAUAGAGCUUGACAUCCACUUUGUUCGUGAGAAGGUUGCAAUUGGAGAAGUUAAGGUUAUCCAUGUCCCCUCCUCUCUCCAAUAUGCUGACAUAUUCACAAAGGGUUUACCGACAAGUCUAUUCAACGAAUUUCGAACCAGUUUGACCGUGCGGAAACCCGACGCUCCAACUGAGGGAGGGUGA